GUCGAUGGUGUGUUUGUAUAUGUUGUUGACAAGACUUGGUCGCAGAUUUGUUUCCUGGCUUCUUUGUUUGAAGCGUGCGAGCCUAGAGUGAAUAGCUGCUGACUUACAAAAACACACAACGUGACACAGUAAGAGCCCUUAUCUUGUUUUUUCCCUGGGGCUUACUCUCCGGAGUUGCUUUUGCACAUAGACGUGCCGAAAAUUAUCCCCCGUAAUGAACGAAACAUGUUGCCACGCUCGCAACGAACUUGCUGGACCGUGGUUUUUCAGCAAGAUGGAUCGAACAAAGAUAAAGCCUCGCUAGGGCAGAAGACGCCCAAUGAUCACGCCACUGCUGGAGCUCCGGGUGGCCCGAGGACCUCCACAACUUCCCCAAGAAGACCGCCGUGCUCACCACAGCAAAAGAAUUCCCUGAGCGAGGCGGACGCGCUUCUCCUGCUCAAGCUGGAAUUUGACGUCGACCCAAGAAGCCCGCGCUUCACCUCCGACUUAGUGUCACGCCCGCAUAAUUCCGCCGUGGAAGAAUCGUACAACGCGUUGAAAACAUGGAAACUCGAAGUUGAGCACAAUUCUUCCGAAAUUCAGCGGGUCGAGGUUGUUGAGAAACCGGCGCUAGAUUUUUCACCGGGCCUGGUCGUGGGCGAACACCAUGAUAUAUUGCACGACGUUCUGUACAAUUUGAGAAUUUUCACAGCACAGCAGCCACACACGGCGAUCGAGCUGUUUCUUGUGGCGCACAGAAAGGGUGGUAUAGGAGUUUGGGCUGAUGAUGGUGAAACUGAGGGAGCCAGAUGGACAACAAACGAAGAAAACUGUCAUGGCGCGCAACAGUGUUGUUUUUCGGUGUCGCUGUGUCGGAAGCAGGACGCUGCAGCAAAUGAGGUUGACAAAAGUCGUUCUUGUUGCACAAGAACAUCACCGCGCCUUCGUUUACCGUUCACACGGCUUGUCCCAGUGGAGGAGGUGGAAAGGCUGGAGAGGACCACGACUACAACGGAACCUCCGCAAGUUGUUGAAGAUCAAGGGAAGAUGAUGAAAAACGUCGACAAAGACUUCGCCUUAGCAUCUUCACGCGCUACUUCCCCUCCGACGCCAACUACCUCCAAGCAGCAAAAACUCCUGCCCAAAUCAUGGCACGACUUUUUUGGGAAGAGGUUUGUUCCUCUCGUCGGGACGAGCAAAUCUUCGAAAGCCCCGGUCUCCUACGGUCGGAAGAUGAUUUUGAAGAAAUUUUCGCAAGCCAGAGGCGCCCGUGGCGUGUUGUGUUGCACUGGGAGGGGAGGAGGUGGAGGUGAAACUCGACAAGCUGAAAGGCUGGUAGAAGAAAAGACCACUGUCGGUGAACAGGAAACCAGCGCCAACAAGAAAGUUUACACCACGACCCAAAUUUUGUGUUGCGUGCAGGUAGAUGAAGUGCGGGAGCAGCAACUACACCGAAAAAUGGUCUCUAAACCUUCAAAAUUGCCUGCUCUUCAUCCUCUGUCUUCAACGCCGUCGACGGUUGCCAGUGCCAGAAACGGAAUAAACCACCACACAGGAACUUUUUUUCUUGCAAACAACACCCCCGCGUCCGACACGAAGCAAGACCACCGCGAGAAGAAAAAUUUGCACGAAAUUUUGGACGAGCAAAUUGAAAAAGCCUCCGUGCUCCUCGAAGAGCUGGACGCGCAUCUGUCGCAGGACGAAAUUUCCACCACUUGCUUGUUCCGGUGCCCUACCAAAUGUAAAAAUGUCUAGGUCUGCGUCUGGAAGAAAAAAAAUGCAACUUGUGAUGCUGCAUUUGGAUUCCAAAGAAAUCUGUAUUGCAUGAGCAGCACAAUGAGUCUAUUUUUUGCUUCGGGGAGAGGGCAUUUGUCAUGCGGACUAGGCAUGAAGAAGCCCACAAAGAAUCUGUGUUGCCAUGGCAUGCAUCACAGACAUCAUGACUCAUGCAAAAUGUGCAUGACAAGUCUCAGAACCCUCCAGACCCAGACAUUUUUACACUUGAUAUGCCCCAGCCAGGGCGAUUUGUCGUGCGUGCGGAGCUUCAAAGGGGUGGAGGAGGAGAUAGAACGGGCGGAGGACGUGGAGCUGCAAGCGGAUCAUUUGUGUCAAGCAAAGGACGAUGUCGAUGCUCUGGAAGAUGAAGAACAACUAGAUCAGGUUUUAACCGCCAGCGUGUGCUCGACGCCCGUUGGGGGUAGUGCGUCGAGUGACCUUUCUUGCGACUUCCGAAGAUCAUCAACAGGGUGGUCCAGAUCUCCUGCAUCGAAGACUGCAAACUUGGGCACCAGAAGAAGUGGAACUACUACAACUGACGCGGAACAAAAACUGCAAAACGACGGGAGUUUUGUCACGACAAACAAGCACUUUCAUCAACAGCAUCAAUUCCUUUCCGUCCCUCCGCUCAACAUGGACCGCAUGUAUGCACGGAAGCGUCCAGUUGGUAAGUCUGGUUCUGCAGCUGGAUUCUCAUCUACCAGUCACGCCGCCAAAGUAGACACAGACCUGCUUGUAGUUCCUCCGCUGACAAAACAGUACGUGCGGAGCUGCGUGUCCCCCGAUGCGAGCUUCGCGAGCAAUCGGGAUGUGGAUGCUGUGCUGUCGGGCAGAACCUCCCGACGUGAUGUGGAGCAAGUUGUAGUUCCUACACCCCGACCGCCGGUUCCGUUUGAGACGUUUUUGCGGGAAACAGCCAUGACUACGCCGCGUUUCAAGGGAUCUGCACGGAGGAAUGGCGGAAAUAAUGGAGCUGUUGAAGAUGCCGGGGUGUUGUUGAGCCGGGUUUCGGGCGGUGAUGGCGUCGCUACGAAAAAAGUGCCAAUUUCAUUUCCAACUGUGCCACAGUUUGAAGAUCAUACUUGGUGAGCAAACGAGUUAUCGCUGAGAAGCAUAAUUAGAGAAUGAACAACAUCAAGAUUCGAAAUGAACCGGAUGCAGGGCAAUUGAAUCAAGAAUGUCGAAGCGAUCAUAGACAUGCAAUGUGCGUUGAAUGAGUAAAUGCCUCGUGAUGGGCAGCUGCGAAUUUGUUUUGGCCGCGCAAUUGAUCAGCAGCGGCAGCGUAGUACUAGUUGUAUGUCGAACGAAUCAAAUACUAGACGAAAGAG